AUGGUGAAGGAAGGAUUUACUGGUCGAUCUGCGUCCCUGUCCUCAUCUUUGGUCAUGAGCUUUUGGAAAAAGAAAACUGAUCCACAACCAAACGCUGAUCAGAGCCAACAGGUGCGCUUCUCAAGUCACCUUUCUGAUGGAGAACUCUGUGCAGUAGACGCCCGAAAGAUGCAGGCCGCUCAAGCCCUGGGACGAAUACUGGGAAGAAGUGUCUCCAAAAGUGAGGUGCCCACUGUUGCUGUCCUGGGCUCUGGAGGGGGUCUUCGUGCCAUGAUUAGCUUUCUGGGCUCGAUGUCAGGAUUCCUCGAGGCGGGAUUGCUGGACUGUGUGACGUACCUCUGCGGAGUGUCAGGAUCCACCUGGGCAAUCAGUUCAUUGUACGAAAAUGUGGAAUGGUCCAGUGACUUUUCUGCCACAAUUAGUCAAAUCUGCAGUAACCUUGAGGAUGCAAAUUUUGAUUUUGAUGAUAUCAUCGAUGUCCUCAAGAGAGAAGAUCAUCUCCUGAAAAGACUGGAGGCAGCUGCUUACAAGGAAGACUACUCAGCCACUGACCUCUGGGGAACGGUGGUUAGCAGAGUUCUUGGAAAGGAACACAAUCAAAAACUUUCAAAGCAGCAAGAAGCCGUCAAGAAUGGGCACAAUCCUUACCCGGUGUAUGCCGCUAUCAAUAAGGAGUACUUUGACUGUGACAAGAAGAAUAAACACCCAGAGAUCUGGUUUGAAUUUACACCGUAUGAAUGUGGGUUUCCAAGUUAUGGAGCAUUUGUUGAAACCAAGAUGUUUGGGAGUAAAUUUGAGGGGUCGGAAAUGAAGGAGUAUCAUCCCGAACCAAGCGUGUAUUUGCUGCAAGGUUUGUGGGGCAGUGCAAUGGCAGACAUGAAAACCUUAGAGAAAUAUGUCAUCGCAAAACUGCAUAAUUUAUCACCAUCCUCACCGCCAUCAUCACCAUCUUCACCAUCCUCACCUCCAUCAUCACCUUCAUCUCCAUCAUCACCAUCAAAAAAUGAGCCACAACAGCAGAGUGAGAAAGACAUUAAAUUUCAAGAUAUGAAAUGGGAAGAGCAAUGCGAGCAGCCUUCAGUUUGCGUUCAGGUGUUUGCUUCACAGUUCCAGUGGUUAUUUACUGUCAUUUUUCUCUCUGUCUCUUUUUCAGAUGAGGAAGAAUGUCAAAGGGCCAUACCAGGUACUCAGUUUUUCCAUAUGGUAGCUAAGACAGCUGAAGUCCUCACACGUUGGAAAUUUGGAACGAAAUUCAAUUACCUUUACCAGUGUGAACAGUUCAAGAAAUCAGAGAAGAGAAAGAUUUUUAGCUUCAUGGGCAACACUGCUAGUCAAGACCCGAAGCAUGUGGGACAUAAUCCUUUUGUUUCUCUGGUGGAUGCUGGUCUGGAGAUAAACACGGCUUACCCACUGAUGCUGCGUGCAGAACGCAAAGUGGAUGUCAUCAUUUCUCUGGACUUUAGUGAAGGCGACUUGUUUGAGACCCUGGUCCAUGCCACAGAUUACGCAAAAGUCAAUUGUCUUCCUUUCCCUCCUGUGAAUAUCAAUAACAUGCUGCCAACUGACUGCUGCGUGUACAGCGACCCAGCGACUCCAACAGUUAUUCAUAUGCCGCUGGCAAAUUCAGCAAAUGCAAACGAAAUGAACAUGGCUGAAUUUCCCACCAAGAAAAUGAAAUAUAACAAGACAGAAAUUGCCAAGCUGUACAAGGAGGCUAAAAAUAACAUCACCCGGAACAAAACUAAAAUUCUGGAGGAAAUCAAGAAGAAGAUGCAUCCUCUAUAAUGUAUAAAGGCAAAACAGAGACAAUAACUGUAUAUGAACUCAUUUCAAGUCAGUUUGUAACGUACUACGCUGCACCCUGAAUUAACCUAGAAAGUCAUUGGUUUUAUGGAACUCCGCAGAAAUAAUCAAAGAGCGUACAACCAACACCACUUCUCUACUUACCACUAGUUUCACAGAAUUAUCCAUCCAUCCAUUAUCCAACCCGCUACAUCCUAACUACAGGGUCACGGGGGUCUGCUGGAGCCAAUCCCAGCCAACACAGGGCGCAAUGUAGGAAACAAACCCCGGUCAGAGCGCCAGCCCACCGCAGGGAUCACAGAAUUAACCAAACGAAAAAAAAAAUCUAAAAAUAGAAAUACAUUAAUUAUAAGGAAAAAUGCCAAAAUUACGAUCUAUUUAAUAACCCCUGCUCCCCUCCCACAUUGCAAUGUGUUUUUCCAAAUUACCUGUACAGAAAAUAAACACAGCACAAAACACACAAAUUGCAACAAUCAACAGGUACAAACUGGAAUUAUCCCCUAUAACGUCCAGACAAAAAAAAAAAAAAAUUGCUAAGUAAAUAAUGAUGGAAAGACAGAAGCAGAUUACAAGAUAAACUGAUAGCCUUUUCGACACUAGUAGUCCUGCACCUGGACUAGUAAAAAAAAAUAUAUUGUACCAGCUGUGGAAAAACAGGACAGGUGAGUAUCCAGCAGGAUAGAAUUUGGAAUUUUAGAGUUUUAGGAAAGUAGUAAUACUCGAGAUGGGGGCAAAACUAGGAGGGCUGCAGAGGACGUGUUGAAUUAGCUGUGGUGUCACAUAAGGAGCCUCAUUUCAGAUUUUUGCCAAUGCCCCAUCAAGGUGGACCAACUACCCAUAUUGCUUAAAUGCGCAUUCCUAUUAAAGUACAUUGUUAAGCGCCAAAAAACAUAUGUGGCAUACCCAUUUCAAAAUGACUUGUUGCAUCCCUGCUUGAGAAUACAUAACAGUACUAUAGAUAUAAAAAGACACAAGACACAAUAUCAAGAACAAAGAAAAAGGAUAUACAUAUUUAACUUAAUUUUAAAUUACAGAAAGAAACAACAGAAGAAGCAUAAAAAAUAUGGGGAAGUAUUUCAGGUAAAAUUAAAUUGAUAAAUGAACAAACAAAUGUGACUAUAAAUAAACUAUAACAAAAUGA